CUUCUCACCGCACAAUCUCCUUCCUCCAUCACCGCCUCCCCAGUCAGGAAGACCAGACCUUCCUUUUCCUUCCAAAAACCUGCCGCCAUCAUCGUCCAUUACUCGGCCUUUGUCCCUUCAAAAUGGAGAUAGAAAAUCAAUUCCUUAAUUAGAUCAGCUCCAUCCUUGCCGGCCUAAUUAGCCACAUCGAAGUGGGUGUCAUUGUUUUGCGAUUACCUCUUCCAUCCCCAUCGCCUUCUCAACUAUCGGGCUCAUCGAGCGAACGACGAGAUUCAUCGAUCGAUAAUCUGCAGGGGUCAAACUAGUGUAUGGCUUCGUGUAAGAGAAUAUCCUCCCGCCCGCGACGAGAUUCAUCGAACGAUAAUCUGCAGGGGAAAACUAGCGUCUGGAUUUGUGUUGGCCGGUGGCGGUGCUGGCGAUGGUGAUGUUAGUGGGGGAAAUUGAAGUAGGUUGGAGCUGCUGGAGAACGUUUUGGACUAGUGAAGCUCAAGAGAAAGGUGUGAGAAUGCAUGAAGUACAAGUGGAAUCCAGUAGUCAUGAACUCCCAAGCAACUUCUAUUAAGCAACGAAAAUGUGGAGAUGGAUAUCUUGAAGUUUCCAUGACAAUACAAUUGAAUGCAUUCUGAUAGGCUUCUUGAUAAACAUUCAUUGAACCCGUCAAUUGGUGCCUUCAUUGGAUGAUGCAGCCAGUCAACGUACAAAUGCUGAGUAAAGAUGUUGCUGCUCUGUCAAUGGAUAAGAAGUUCACCAGGAAUUUCCCAAGACAGAUUAUCUACUACAAGCCGGAUAUUUUGACAUGGGUCAACAAGUUCAUCGUGAACAUUGAAUGGGCAUGGUGGCGGAAGGUGAAGAGGCACAGCUGCGGAAUCAAGCGAAUUGUGCAGGAGUUGCAGCUUGAGGCGAUUGAGGGAAGAAUGAAGAAAGGGCUUUCUUUCUUUCUUGGGACCGUCUCGAAAGAAGGAGAAUCCACGCUGGGAAAGGGCGAGGUGCGAGCCCGCGACUUCUCAGUGGAUUAA